AAAGAAAAAAGCUUGUAUGUUUUCCUCCUUGUGAACCCCGCGCACACGAGUGGGACUGAAGCCCGUGAGGAGGAGAAUUGAGUCUCCAGUUCAGCACAGACACGCGAUUCUGCAUCAACUGACUUCAACACACUUCAUUAUCAGUACAUGGAUACGACUCUUCACCAUGGCAGACUGUGGAUUAUUAAUUUCAUAAUGUGGACAUGAGAGCAUAAACAGUUCAACAAUGUAUAAGACAGCAAAUGAUUAAUAGCUCGAGCUUGUCAGAAAACAGGGAAGAAACCGAGCUCCUCCUCGUCCAGAAUGUGUGACCCAGCAGCGGAUUCCCGUCUGCUAUGGAGAUUCAUGGUGCUACUGUGUGUUUUGGCCUGUUUAACACACAGAAGCAGCGGCUGCCCCAAAUCAUGCGUCUGCUACGCUCCGUCUGAAGUGCACUGCACAUUCAGAUACCUGAGUGAAAUGCCCGGAGACAUCCAGACAGCUGUGGAAAGAAUUAACCUGGGGUAUAACAGUUUGUCAAGUCUUCAAGCGAACGCUCUCUCGGGACUGAAUAAGCUGGAAUUGUUAAUGCUGCAUAGUAACAUGAUCAAAACUGUUGAGGACAGCGCGUUCAGUGGCCUCACAUCUCUGCAGGUUCUGAAAAUGAGUUACAACAGAGUUGAGAAGCUCAACAAGGACACAUUCAGAGGCCUGGACAAUCUUGUACGCCUUCAAUUGGACCACAAUCUCAUCACCUUCAUCCACCCGGAGAGUUUUUAUGGAUUAAAACGCCUGCAGUUGAUCAACCUUGAAGGAAACCAGCUCCAGCAGCUUCAUCCAGACACAUUUAUUUCAGUGCGCUUUGGUCAGAUUUUAAAAUGGUCAUCUCUCAAGACUAUUUAUUUGUCUGACAAUGCUUUAGGCACACUGCCUGCCGCUGUAUUAUCUGGCUGCGUCAAGAUAGAAAAUCUGUUUCUAAGUGGAAACCCUUGGUCAUGUGAUUGCCGGAUGAGUUGGCUGGCCAAGUGGAUAGAGAAACACCCUGGUGUUCUCAAAUGCAAAAGAGACAAAAAGUUUCUGAAAGAACCAUGUCCCAUCUGCGAAUUUCCACUUUCUUCCAGAGGCAGCAGCAUUGUGCAAUUGCAAAGUGAUGGCUACACAUGCAGCAGACCGCAGAUAAAGCCUUACUUAAAGUUGAGGAAUUUUACCAUGACUGAUGGUGAUUACACCGAAGUGUCUCCUGUAGAUUUUGUCGCACCCAUUGGUUCCUUAGAAAUGAACAUCAAAGAUCAAUCUCACAGUGAUGCCAGGGUUGCAUGUCUUGUGCAGAGACCUUCAUCAAUGGAAAACAUGUCUGCAAUCUUUGGACUGGAUGGAAAAGACGUAACUGCCCUGCGAGCAACUGUUUCCACAUUGCUAGUCUGCAAUAUUGAUUAUGAUGAUAUACGUGAGAUUUGGGACAUUUUGGCUACCUAUAGCGAUUUCCCAAUGAUCCUUGAGCGAGAAUUAGCAAUUUCUUUACAAUCAGACGCAGUCUACACAUAUAAGCAGGCAGUGUCCACUGCAGAGGAUGUUUUCACAGAAAUCGAAGCAAAAAUCAAAGCCAUUCCUGAAUGGUUAAUGCAAGGUAGGGUUAUGCUACAACUGGAUCGUGCAACAACAGCAUUCCCAACACUUACCAUCAAGUAUUUAUCGACCAUUCAAAUAGAUGUUGGGGGCAGCAAGAAUAAUAGAGAUGAGUAUAGUUGGACUAUGAUUAGAAGGGACAACCAGACCAGGACUGAGCACUUACUCCUUGUUGGUGGCAUGACUGAAUUAAAUUGCCAGACUUUCGGGAAUCCCAAACCCAUAAUUGAAUGGAUUCUACCAGAUGGAAGUAAGAUACGUGCACCAUAUAACAGCGAGGACCAAAGGAUUGUAAUAACUCAUGAAGGAAUUCUUUCUGUAAAAUCAGCUGAAAUCUCAGACACGGGUGUCUAUCAUUGCAUUGCGACCAGCUAUCUGGAUGCAGAUGUUCUUGCCUUUAGGGUCACUGUGAUGCCUCUGGAUAUUGAGGAGGAAGAGAUUAACGGAAUCAGAGUCUCACAUCACCUUGGUCAGAACCUACGUCUUGAUUGUACAUCACUUAGCAGUCCACAGGCGUCCAUCCAGUGGAUACUUCCCGACCACACAGUUUUAGACAAAUCUUAUGGCAAAAGAACUCUCCAUAGAAAUGGCACUUUGGUCAUACAUGGAUUGACUUACAGGGACAUAGGGUUUUACAGAUGCUUAGCUGGAAAUUUUCUGGGAGCGGACUUGCUUGCUUCUCAAGUAACCAUCUAUGAUGAUUGGGUAAAUAGCACAAUGCCAACUCAUGUAAAGGAAUCUAACCAUCGUGUUGUACAAAUUAUAGACAAUAGUCAGACACUUGGAAGUAGGUAUCUCUCUCAAAGGACAAGUGAGGAGUCAAGGAGUAUUACCUCAGACAGGCCUUACACUUGGCUACAGUCCCGAUUUCAUAAAGUUCCCAUCGGUAGAAGAGGGAAUGGAAGGAACUCUAGAAGAGUCUUUAAUAAAAGGUUUCAGAAAGAGGGGAAAACGUUGAUCAACAAGCCUCAAAUCAAAGAAAUAAAUAAAGAGGCAGUAAACUUGUCUAAAACUCUCUUUAAAGAACAAUCUGAUGACAAUAACGCAGCCUCGGGGGAUGGUAUAAAUGAAGAUGAAUUUAUUGUAAUUUCAACAACUAAAACACUUGAGAAAAAACAAGUUAGCUCCAUCAACACUGAAAUCCCAAGGACUUACAAAACAGUUAACAGUGCUUUCAUUCAAGUAACAUCUGAUGACACUAGUCAUGUCUUAAGAACAAAGAAAAAAAGUAAUUUGGUUACAGGAAUAACAGACUCUCAGACUCCUACCUCUCCAAUAACUCCAAGCUACACUUUAAGUAACUAUGGAACACAAAGAAAUUACAAAAAACAAAGUAAGACCAAGUCAGAUUAUAAAUUAAAUCAAACUGAUGGAGAAACCUCUUUAUAUGAUACCGCAACAAGUAGACCCUCGGAGACACUUGUGACUCACAAACCUUCUCUGAUCGAAGUUACAGAGCUUACGUUCUCUGGGGAUUCAGAAGAUGUUACCUCUGGGACAACACAGUAUAACUUCCAAGGCCCAAAUGUCACCAAUGUGGAGCCUAAGAGUCAGACGAUAUUCACAGCAGUCACCACAACCGAAGAUCAAGAGAAGAUCACAUUUCAGACAACUCAAAGGAUCAAGUCAGAGCUCCUUCCUGGGUCUACCAUCAUCUCUAAACACCAGAUCCAAAUCGUUCCUUCCAGAAAAAUGCAACCAGGAAAGAAGCGCAAGUUUAACGGCAGGCGUAGGAUCAUUCGUCCCAGCAAAAUUUCAGACAUACAGUCAAUACUUGAUAAAUUUAAACUUCAUUCUACAAACAAGGAAGACAACCUCCCAAUUUCAGAAACUACUGACAAAUUUGCAGAGUGUGUCAAAAUGAAAAGUGAUAAAUCUGGGGUGUCUACAGAUAAAUGCAGAAUCUCAGUUGAUCAAAGCCCGAUCAACUCUACAGAUAUGUACCACAUAACAAUAUCCUCUUUGAGUGUAGCAGAACAACCUGUCAGGGCAGGCUCUAGAGCGACUGUAACUGACUCACAAAUGUCAACAACUUUGGUGCACUCCAUUUCUGAGGAGUCUGGCGGUUAUAAAAAAUAUUUUAACUCAAAAGAGAAAGCUUUCACAGCUACAACCACAUCCACAACCACAAUGUCUUCUCAAUUCACACAGGGGAAGAUUCUAUGGCAGGGAUCAUUUGAAAACAAUGGAGAGACCCCCAGGAAGCAUCAAAACUCAAUCACGCUAUCCACUAACAAAGAGCAGAUGACUUCAACAUCCACUGCAGAACCUUAUAAGUCAACAACCCCACUUCCCACUACAGAACUCCAUCUCACACAUGUUAAUGUCUCUCCUACAAAGACAAAAGAAAGCAACAAUACUCCAGACGCAUCAUCAGAUGACUCAUCAGGUUCUUCCUCCUUAACAGAAACAGAUUUCUCUGACAACAUCAUAACUCCAUCUAAACCAUCUAGGAGUUUCACCUCUCCAACCUUCCAUGAACUGUCCACAACCACAGAACCAACAGGAGUUUCUCACAGUCUAUUAGCCCCACCAACGAUGAAAACUGUGCAGAAGCAAGACACUUCUCAGAGUAAGUUCUCAAGCACAGGAUUGUGGAGAAAGCAAAAGCCUGGUUACCACAGACGAGGCUUCAGAGGGAGAAGGCCCAUAAAAAAGACAACCACUAAACCCCCAGUUGGCACAAUGACUAAAAUUGCGGUAGAGUCGGCUGCCACUCACUCCACAAACACACCAACACAAACUAAACACAGAGGUGUAGGAAUACACCAUUUGCACCCAACUCUUAAAGAAUCAGAGAGACCUGUAUCAACUGGUAAUACUGAUUCUGGCAGCAAGGGGUGGAGCGAUUCCUUGACUACAAAAACCACUAUAGUUGAUUUAAAUCCUACAGUGACAAGACCACACACAACUGUACAGUCCCAAAUUCAACACAAAACCAAAAACGCCAAAGUAAACACAAAUAUGAGGGGUACCCCAGAAAGAUUUUGGAGACAUACAACACAGAGUCCUGUGAUCAAGAUUCAGCCAACAACUCAUGAACACACAGUCAAGGACUGUUUUGGGUGUCUUCAUCCAAAGGCUUCUGGAAAAUCUCAGCGCAGAACAGUUACUUCAGAUACAAUGACUACUUCAACAGCAUUCCCAAUUACUCCAUUCCCAUACACCAGUAGCACUACUGGAAAUCUGAACGCAUAUGAUCACUCUACAUGGUAUGACACGUCAUCUCUUAAGCAUAUUACCUCCAAGCCAGUGAUUGAUGGUGGAAAAGCUGCCAGUUUCACUGUUCUGUCAAACUCUGAUGCUUUCCUCCCAUGCAAGGCCACUGGCAACCCUGAGCCCAUCAUCAGCUGGAACAGAUUCUCAUCGACCACAGGUAUUAUGCUGACCAUCAAGGGUAAAAUGGGUAAAUUUGAAGUCUUGAAGAAUGGAACAUUGUUAAUCCACAGAACAAACAUUAAAGACCAUGGACAGUACAUAUGCAUUGCCGAGAACGACUAUGGUUCUGACAAGCUUGUGGUAACAUUGUCAGUUGUGGCCUAUCCCGCACGGAUAUUGGAGACAAAGAUGAGGGAUCUCAAGAUUCUGGCUGGGAAAACGGUGCACAUGGCGUGCAGGACAGAGGGCAGACCGGUGCCUAUUGUGUCAUGGAUUCUGCCAAAUCACACUGAAGUGAAGGGGCCAAAUGGUGAGCAUGGCAGAGUAAAAGUAUCCCCAAUGGGAACGUUAACCAUUCAAGAGGUGUCAGUGUCAGAUCAUGGACAUUAUAAGUGUGUUGCGAGCAAUCCAGGGGGUACUGACACAGCUACUGUUCAUCUCCAGGUGGUAGCAACACUGCCUGUAAUACUGGAAGAAAAACAACAGCUUGUGAAAGCUGAUGCUGGGCAGAAUCUGUUUUUGCCCUGUACUACUCAUGGUGACCCACAACCCACAACACACUGGGUCUUACACAAUGGCGUUAUAGUUUUACCUCUAACUUACUCACACACCAAAAUUUCAGUUUUUGCGAAUGGUACACUUUACCUGAGGAACUUAGACGUUUCUGAAAGUGGAAAGUAUGAGUGUAUUGCAACAAGUUCUACUGGAUCAGAACGUCGAGUUGUUACACUUUCUGUGAAGAGGACAGAAACCAUCCCGAGGAUCGUUGUGACAUCACGACACCACACUGAUGUGGAAUAUGGUGGCCAACUUCAUCUGAACUGCUCUGCAGUUGGUAACCCAACACCUGAAAUUAUGUGGCGGCUACCUUCAAAGGUCCUCGUAGACAAGACACACAGAAUGGGCAGUCGCAUCAAAGUCCUGGAAAAUGGUACCCUAAUCAUUGAAUCACUCAAUGAGAAAGAUAGUGGGGACUUCCUCUGUGUUGCACGCAACAAAGUUGGAGAUGACACACAGCUAAUGAAGGUAUCAGUAUCUAUGAAGCCAGCUCGAAUUGAACCAAGUGUUUUCAGCAGGAAGCAAGUGCCUUAUGGCAAUGACCUAAAAGUGGACUGUGUGGCUGCUGGGGUGCCUAUGCCAGAGAUAUCAUGGGGACUCCCUGAUGGUACGCUGCUCAAUAGUGCCCUGCAGGCAGAUGAAACGGAGGGGGACCAGUUGAAACGAUACAUCUUAUUUAAUAAUGGAACGCUGUACCUGAAUACAGUGGGUACUGACGAGGAAGGGGACUAUACCUGUUAUGCUGAAAACAAAUUGGGUAAAGACAAGAUGCAUGUUCACAUAAGUGUGCUAACAGCGGCGCCUUACAUUCAGCACCCAAAGCUUUCUAAUGCCAGAGUUAAUCCAGGUGGAAAUGUCCGCUUCGAUUGUAAGGUUAUCGGUGAGCCCAAGCCAAAGGUCUUUUGGAUGCUGCCAUCCAAAGACAUAAUCGCUGCCUCUAAUGAGCGUUACUUUGUGCACGCUAAUGGGUCUCUUGAUAUACGAAAUGUUAAAUUAUCUGAUGCUGGGGAGUAUGUCUGCAUGGCUCGUAAUGCAGCAGGUGAGGAGAAUAAAGUUUAUAAACUGGACAUCGAUGGAAACCCACCCAUAAUCAAUGGCUUCAAGCAAAACAGAACGGUGCUAAAAGAUACAGCAAUCAAAUACACAAGAAAGCUAAUAGACUGCAAUGCUGAAGGGGAUCCAGUGCCAAAGAUCACGUGGAUCAUGCCUGACAAUAUAUUUCUCACAGCUCCUUAUUAUGGGAGCAGGAUCAAUGUGCAUGUCAAUGGUACGCUAGAGAUCCGUAAUGUCCGGCCAUCGGAUACAGCAGAGUUUAUUUGUAUUGCUCAGAACGAUGGAGGCGAGGCGGUCAUGUUAGUUCAACUGGAAGUGACCGACAAGCUCAUGAGACCCAUUUUUAAGAACCCCUUUAAUGAGAGAGUAGUGACUCGGGUUGGGAGAACUGCAGUGCUAAACUGUUCUGCUGAUGGACAACCCACACCCGACAUCAUAUGGACACUACCCAACAAGACUCGAUUCACUAGAGCGCAAGGGCUUGAAGGCUCAAGAUACCACCUAGGUAGGGAUGGAACAUUUGUGAUUUAUAACUCCAGCAUAGAAGACUCUGGUAAAUACCGCUGCGCUGCCAAAAACAAAGUGGGAUAUAUUGAAAAGCUUGUCGUUCUUGAGGUGAUUCAAAAGCCUUAUAUUCUAACACGGCCAAAGGGGAUUAUUCGGGGUAUUUCUGGACAGUCUCUCUUCCUACAUUGCCUGACAGAUGAAAUAAAGUCCACUAUUUCUUGGACCAUGCCAGGAGGUUUUGUUCUCGCAAGUCCACAGGUGAGUGGACGCUAUCAGUUAAUGGAAAAUGGGACACUUGUUGUACAUGAGACAACCAUGCAAGAUCGUGGGAAUUAUGUGUGCAAAGCAACAAACGACGCUGGUGAGGCUGUUCUCACUGUGUCCGUCAUAAUUCUUGCAUAUCCAGCUCGAAUUACCAAUGGGCCACCUCCGGCUUUGAAAGGAGUGACGGGAGUUCCUGUUCAUCUGCAGUGUGUUGCUAAUGGUAUACCUACACCAGAUAUAGUCUGGGAGCUGCCUGAUCGCUCGAUUCUUGCUACGAAUGGAAAGGGACAACCUGUCGGCAGUGAGCUUCUCCAAGCACAAGGGACACUUAUAAUUCGAAAUCCUACAAGAAUGCAUUCUGGGAAUUACAAGUGUAUCGCCUUUAAUUACCUGGGCAGAGAUACCAGAACAACAUACAUGACAAUACUAUAAUUCACAACUUAAUGACUUUACAGCGGUGACUAUUCAAAAGAGAUGUGUGCCAGGUAGUGUAAAUAUUUACCUAAAGUUAAAUGGAUUAAACAUUGGUAGGUAUGCUGCCUAAAAGAACACAAAGUGUGAGAUAUUCAGCCUUUGGGGGAAAAAAAAAACAUCCAUGUGAAGUUUUUUUAUUAACUAAUUUCGAGAGGAUCACAUGCUUAUGAUUGAACACAGCAGGUGAUGCAUUAGCCAAUUUAUGAUUGAACAAUCAGACGAUUCCUAAGCCACUAUAUAUACACCCUGAGUUCCAUAUCACAGCCAUCUUUGUUUUGAAGAAUCCCCCCUUCCUCCCCUCCUCCUCCUCCUUGUCUAGA